CGCGCUACAUCUUAUAGCAGCCCACUCUUGCCCUUUAACACGGGGGAGGCAAAAGCCUUUCCCAGCUGCCACCUCAGCUCCUCCUCCAUUUAUUUGCUUUACGCAAACACAAACCAACUGGUACUCUGCACCCAAAUUCAUUUCAUUCAUCGCGUUUCUCCAUUUCUUCACAUCUCUCUCCAAAUUCACUUUCUUCAUCUGUAAUCUGUCUCUGUCUCUCUUUCUAUCUCUGAAUUCUAGGGCACAAAUUGACUCCACUGCGCCUCUGCAACCAUGAAUAUCUUCAGAUUGGCAGGCGACCUGACUCAUUUGAUCAGUAUUUUAGUCCUCCUCCUCAAAAUAUACGCCACUAAAUCAUGCUCAGGGAUUUCGCUGAAGACUCAGGAGCUUUAUGCACUGGUCUUUCUGACUCGGUAUUUGGAUCUAUUCACCGACUUCAUAUCCCUAUACAACACUUUGAUGAAACUCGUGUUCAUAGGGAGCUCUCUGGCGAUCGUGUGGUGCAUGCGGAUGGACAGAGUCGUAAAGCGCUCGUAUGAUCGGGAGCUCGAUACUUUUCGACAUUAUUUUCUUGUUGGGGGGUGCUUUAUUCUGGCGCUUUUCAUUCACGAGAAGUUCACAUUUCAGGAGAUCUUCUGGGCGUUUUCAAUAUAUUUGGAGGCAGUUGCAAUUCUUCCCCAGUUGGUGAUGCUGCAAAGAAGUGGAAAUGUGGACAAUUUGACUGGCCAAUAUGUUUUCUUUCUUGGGGCCUAUCGUGCAUUAUAUAUUCUAAACUGGAUUUACCGCUAUUUCACUGAGCAGCAUUUUAGUCGAUGGAUAGCUUGCGUCUCUGGUCUUGUCCAGACAGCUCUAUAUGCUGAUUUCUUCUACUAUUACUUUAUCAGCUGGAAAAACAAUGCGAAGCUUCAGCUGCCAGCUUGAGACCAAAAAAAGGGAUAUGAUUAAAACUCGACAUGUUGAGCUGGAUCACUCUUUUUGUAGAUGGCUUGGUAAAACUAUCAGUAGCAUUACACUUUUGUCGUCAAGAACGAGUACAGGUCUUCCAUACCGUGGAAUUGAGAUAACAUCACCAUACCUGUCGCUGGGGAAAUUUUAGUUAUUUUGGUUAGAUAACUAGCCUAUACCAGCGUUUAGAUUUAGAUCUAACAUCCAUGUUUAUAUAUGAGGGGAUGGUUUUGAAGUAUUGGUAACAGUCCCAUAAAUGUAGAGCCGCUGUUAAAAUUUUAAAAGUGCAAAUUUGGCUAACUUCAAAACUGGAUCGUUUAUUUCAGAUAUAGUAUUCAGGUGGUAAAAGUGUUCUAUGAAAUGGCGAGCUAUAGACUUUCUUGAACCUUUCCGGAUCUUCUCUUCUUCUUCUUCUAGAUAUUUUUGGAGUCAGAAUGUUUAAAUACAUAAUUUUCAGAUGAAUGAAUAUGCAACCACUCAAAAGGUGCACUUUAUUUGUUUUGA